AUGUCAUUCUCCAACACCUCUACCGGCGACAAGCCCGCCGACCCGUACACCAAGGCCAACAAGGAGGACCCCGACGUGCGCACCAAGGUGGCAGACCUGGGAACCUUCAUCACAAACUGCAAGUACGGCAUGAUGACGACGCGAUCAGCCGGCUCCAGCCGCCUAGCCUCCCGCUGCAUGGCCCUAGCAGGGACGGAGAACAACGGCGUCGACCUAAUCUUCCACACCAACACCGAGUCGGGCAAGACGGACGACGUCGCCGGCGACCCGGACGUCAACAUGGCCUUCCUCAACGCCACGGGCGAAUGGGCCUCGGUGUCGGGCCACGCGUCCAUCAUCACCGACCGCGACGCCGUCAAGAAGUACUACAGCCCUACUCUCAAGGCGUGGCUGGGCGACCUGGGCGACGGCGUUCACGACGCCUCCGAGAAUGAUCCCCGCAUCGGCAUCGUCAGGGUCACGGCCGAGACGGCCACCUAUGCGCUGUCGGGAAAGGGCCAGAUUAUGCAGGCGGUUGAAAUUGCCCAGAGUGCAUUGAGAGGCAAGCCCGCCGAGGUGAAUAGGCUGAGACACAUAUCGGAAGAGGAAUUCAAGGCGUGGCGCGUGCAUCAAAACUAG